GAUAUUUUAGAUAUUUUAAUUUGCUUCUACUUUUUACCAUACACUUUAGAAAAAAAUUCAAUAUUUUUGUGCAUAAGCUAAGAAGAAGAAAAAGAGUGUGUUUUCAGAGAUUUUAAUGGGGGAAGUUGUGAUUAGCAGUGAGGAUUUGGAAAUGGUGACUGAGAGUGAAACAGAAAGAAAUGAAGAAAUGGAGGAAUCAGUGAAGAAGAAGAAGAGAAGGGGAAAUAAGUUGGGGAUGACGUGGGAGAAGCUGUUGCCAAGAAUGGUGUUAAGGGUGUUGUUGGUUGAAGCUGAUGAUUCUACUCGGCAAAUUAUUACUGCUUUACUCAGGAAAUGUAGCUACAAAGUUGUGGCUGUUCCUGAUGGUUUAAAGGCGUGGGAGAUGCUGAAACGAAGGCCAAAUAAUAUAGAUCUCAUUCUGACGGAAGUGGAUUUACCUUUAAUAUCUGGAUAUGCGCUUCUUACUCUUAUUAUGGAGCAUGAUGUUUGCAAAAACAUACCAGUUAUAAUGAUGUCCUCACAAGAUUCGAUUAGUACAGUUUAUAAAUGCAUGUUGCGAGGUGCUGCUGACUAUCUGGUUAAGCCCAUAAGGAGAAAUGAACUGAGAAAUUUGUGGCAGCAUGUAUGGAGAAGACAAUCUUCUCUUGCUAGAGGAAAUGUUCCCCGAGAGGAAAGUGUUGGACAGGAUAAGGUUGAAGCUACUUCUGAGAAUAAUGCUGCCAGUGAUCAUGCUAGUGGUGACAGGAGUUCUUUAAAUUCACGUAGACACUGCAUGUUUCCUUCCUGUCUCUUGCAGAGUUCUUGCAUAAAGCCAGAUAUGGAAGCUGAGAGUGCUUCUACGGAGAAUGUGCGAGACUUUUUGCAGCCAGCAUGGGGAAGUUUGGUAAAUAUGCCAAUUGAAUUAGGUUCAGCAUCAGCUGCCUGCACGGAUCCUAAUCGAAUGGCUGUGGAUGAGGAUGCUGAAGCAGAUAGUCAAAGAAAGAAUGCCGAUAUCACCCGCAAGAGCUGUGAUGGAAGUCAUUUCUUAGUCAAAUCUUCAAGAGAAGCUAUUGAUUUCAUGGGAACUUCUGCCAGUAUUAACUUUUCUGUUGAUAAUACGAAAAGAAAGUUUGAUAUUUUUCCACAACUGGAUCUCUGCUUGGCAAGAUGCCAUCAAAGUGGCUUUGAGAUUCAAAAUGCAGAAGACAGACGCCCUCUUAGGCAUUCUAAUGCUUCAGCAUUUACACCGUAUAAUAACCGUCCAUUAGAGAAUGUGCAUACAAAUUGGGCAAGUAAUUCUAAUCAGAAAGAACUUGGAGCUUAUUCCGAAAGAAAAUUUUCCAGCAAUAUCAGUGGCUAUAACUCUGAUGCACCUGGUCCACCAUCAAGUACUGAAAGACCUAUGGAAUCUCUAGCUAUUUGUCCAAGAAAAGAGUCUGAAGCUGCAAUUUCUUGCGCUCAACAAAGAGUAAUUCCCCUCCAGAUUUCAGUCGAAGGUGCAGGAUGCAAUAAUAUUUGCACCAGCAAUGGUUCUACUGUUCCUCCAGUUGUUUCUAAACAGUCUGGUGCGUCAACAAUACCCAGUCGAAGUUCAGGCAGCCAGCCAGAGCCCAACUGUGAAGUGAAUCCAUUCCGGCUAUCCAAUUUCAAAAGUAAUUCCGAGCAUCUCUAUGAUCGAUUAGUUCAACAAGAAAAUGACACCUCCAAUCUGCGAAAGCAUGAUAAGGUGUUGGAUUCUUUUGACGAUCAAGGCCAUAUUUCUCAUACCGCUGAUCAGAGUGCAACAAGCUGCUUCUAUAAUAGUACUGCAAGCCAUCUUAAUAUGGGUUAUGGAAGCACUUCUGGGAGCAAUAGCAAUAUUGAUCAGGUUGCUAAAGUCAGAACUGCUGUUGAGAGAAUAAAUGAUGGCUUUCUUUUACAUAAUGCCAAUUCGCAUCGAUCCAUCCAAAGAGAAGCGGCUCUAAAUAAGUUCCGCUUGAAGCGGAAAGAUAGAUGCUAUGAAAAGAAGGUGCGAUAUGAGAGUAGAAAAAAGCUUGCAGAGCAGCGACCGAGAGUGAAAGGACAAUUUGUUCGUCAAGGGCAGCCACCAUCUGCAGAAACCGAGCAGUAGCCAUUCAUGUUGUUGACUAGCUAGGCUCAUAUAUUAGAUCUCAAGACUACGGAUUGAUUGUUUCUUCUUCGUGUUAUGAAGAGUUAGGAGAAUACAAUGCAGGUUAAUCAUAUUCUUUGUUGAGUAGGUUUGUAACUAUAGAUUAUAGGCCUUUGUACAGUUUAGGAAGAUUUUAGCAUUUAAGUUAUUUCAUUCACAAAUCUCAAAUGCUUGAACUUGGAGAAAACUAGUUACUUUAACACUUUACUAUAGCUAAACACAUGUUCGUUAGUCUGUAUAAAACUUGAAUGAGGAGAAAUACUUGUACCCUAUAUGACGUACUAUGAUUUCAAUUUUUCUUUUUGAAGGUAGCAA